AAGGCAUGUAAGAUGCUAACAUGAGGACGCUGCUAGCUGACGGCCGUGCUCAGGGGUGGAUUGAUCGUGCCUGGCUGGAGGCAUGAGGCCUCGGGGUACUGAAUAGGCAGAAGGUAUUUGUGAUCUCUAAUAGACGACAUGAAUUACACUCGGUUUCUGACGACUGUGAGCGCAGCUAGGCAAGCCUCGCCCAUAAGAGCAAUGACUGAUUUAUUAAUGAGAUCUCCGCCAUCAGUCAUAUCACUUGCUGGGGGAGCUCCAAAUCCAGAUACAUUCCCUUUUAAAUCAACCAGUGUUACCUUGAAUGAUGGGACAUCCAUAGAAAUUGGGGAGACUUUGAUGAAGAAAGCACUGCAGUACACUGCAACACCAGGAGUUCCAGAAUUGGUGGCCUGGUUGAAAGAAUUGCAAAAAAAGCUGCACAAUCCACCAACCCUAACAUACGCCCCUGACAAGGGACAGAUGGCUAUAUGUGUCACAACUGGCAGCCAGGAAGGAUUGUCAAAGGUAUUUGAAAUGCUUGUAAGUCCUGGAGAUAACGUUUUACUGGAUUCACCAACCUAUUCUGGAACUCUGGCAGCUGUAAAACCACUAGGAUGCAAUCUCAUUGGUGUCCCCACCGAUCAACAUGGAAUUAUUCCUCAGGCUCUCAAAGAGAUUCUGUCUCGAUGGCGACCAGAGGAUGUCAUCAUACCCGAAACGAAAUCGCCCAAAAUUCUUUACACUAUUCCAAAUGGAGGCAAUCCCACAGGAGCCUCUUUGACUAUAGAGCGCAAAAUAGAAAUCUACAAGCUUGCACAAGAAUAUGAUUUGAUUAUUGUGGAGGAUGAUCCCUAUUACUUUCUCCAAUUCAAUAAGCCCUGGACACCAUCAUUUCUGUCAAUGGACAUUGAUGGUAGAGUUAUUAGAGCGGACUCCAUGUCAAAGAUUCUUUCCUCAGGAUUGAGGAUUGGCUAUUUAUCAGGCCCUAAAGCCCUUAUAGACCGGAUAAUACUGCACAUGCAGGCGUCGACACUACAUACAAGUGCUUUUACUCAGGUAAUGAUCCUACAACUGCUGCAGAAAUGGGGUAUAGAUGGCUUCUUGGAGCAUAUAGAGAGUGUCAUACAGUUCUACAGGGCACAGAGAGAAGCCAUGCUUGCAUCUGCCGAUAAGUGGCUAACAGGCUUGGCUGAGUGGCACAGUCCUACAGCAGGCAUGUUCCUGUGGAUAAAGAUCCAUGGCGUCCCAGAUACACAUCAAAUGAUCAUGUUAAAAGCAAUAAGCAAAGAGGUUCUUCUAGUUCCUGGCUCAGCAUUUAAUAUUGAUAGUUCAGAGCCCAGUUCUUACGUGAGAGCCUCAUUUUCUCUCUCUACUCCAGAGCAGAUAGACCAGGGACUGGAGAGACUGGCAUCUCUUAUCAUUGAAGAAAGAAAAUGAACCUGUUAUUUACCAGGAUAUCUCAAGAUCGUAGGGGAAUUACCCAAAUAGCCAUCAGUUUUAAAAUCGGUAGUAGGCCGUGGAACACGGCCGUGAGCGGUCCAUGGUCUCCCGGCCUGGCAUGCUGAGAGCAGGAGUGCACGGCGUCAUUGGUUGCUAUG